UUAGUGGUAGAUGAGGCAGCAGUGAGACCGCGACGACCCCUGGCAAGCAAGAGCAGCGAAAAGUGUCGAGCGACGAGAAAUUUCUGCUCCCGACCAAGAAGAUAAAAGUCUCCUGGCCCCGCGAGUCCCGGCGGCCUGUCCAGUGUCUGCCGAGUAAAAAGUUAAAAAGUUUUCCGCGAGCGUGCAAGGAUUUUUCCGCGAGUCCGCAUAGUUCGUCGUCGCGUCCGCCGUCGCUGUUGAGUCCGCGAAAUCCGCGUGUGCGUCCCCGUCCGAGCCGCCGCCUGUGGUCCGUCGCGUUUUGUUUGGCUGCGGAUUUUGUGCGAAAACCCGCGAGCCGGGAAGCGGAGCCCCAGCCCGGACAGACUCGAGUUGUCCAGCAAGUUCGGUGCCCUCGCAGUGCAGUUCCGCGCCCCUCGAACCCGGCCACCCGCCGCCAGUGUCUGUGCCUGAGUUUGACCCGUGUCCGCUUGCAGGAUCAGGUUCUCGCCUGGCCGCUGAGUUUGGCGAGUCGCAACCGCGAGGUCCGUGCCAUCGUCGGAGGCUAAGCCACUGAUCCCGGACAGAACCAAGCGCGGCCGAGCAGCUCUCGCCGUUGUGUCCCUGAAAGUGCCCCAGGAAGGCUCCUUGCCGCAGUGGAGCACCCCGAGAAGGUCUUUGUCGCUCGCCCGCCUGUUACGCCGCCCGCUCCCGUCCAGUGUCCAAGUCAAGUCACUGCGACUCGCUUCCUGAUUGUGUGAGUGUUGGUGAAUUGGCCGCCGUGCACACGAGCGCACGGCCCGUCGCCGAGUCCAAACAAAAGCCUUGAGUGUGUGCAGUGUCCGUGUGGGGUCGGCCGCCUCUUGUUCUGUCGCACUGUAAACAGAGUGCGAAUGUAGUGGUUCGCGGUCCGCGAGUCCCAUACAGAGCGUGCAGUCAUUUUGCGGCUUUUCGUCAUUUUUUUGCAUCUGAUCGGCUCGAAGCGCAUCGAAUCGCCGUCGCGGUGUGUGCGUGCACCGAGUGCUCCCUGAGAAGUCCAAGAAAAGAAUAAAUUCAAGGAAGAUCCCGACACGGGUGAUUCGGAAACUCGCCAGUGUGUGUAUGUGUGUGAAACAUGUCCGUCGAGUGUUGUUUUUGAAGUCGCCUCCGCAGUCCGACAAUUUUGUGUUUACUCUCGCCGAGAGGGAUCCCUCGUCCGUCAAGCGCGUUCGACGGCCUGCCUGCACUUAGGCCGCGUGUCCACGUCCUGUGAAAUCGUCUUGGAGCGUCCUCUGCCCUUGGUGCGGACACCGCCGGGAAUUCCUUCGCAUUUCUUCAGAUAAUUCGCAAUCCGGAGCUUAGUAAUCGAUAUCCCGAAUUGACUAUCAUCGCGAUUUUUGGUUCUAACCAUCGAAAUCAUUACAAUUUAACAAGUGCAUCGCAAAUCAUUUACCAGUGAAUCUCACAAAGCUAUCUCUUAGCUAUCCUUGUUAAUUUUUCGUGUUACGAAGGUCUAAUAAAAAGCAGCCAAAAUAGAGAUCCUGAACGAUACACGUCACAUGAAGUUACUUGGCGGGACCGACGAUCGGGGCGUGGUUCGGGAUGCGCCAGCACGAUCCCAGGACGACGCGACCGUCGGUUAUGUAUUCCAACGAACGCAUCCGCAUGAGGAAUUUCCACAGUUUGCUACGGCCAAACAGGAAACAAGAUGGGCCACUGGAGAUGAUGGCAUAGAUUCCCAAGACAAAUGGAAAUUCACUGCACCCAUGAAUAAUGUAACACCCGUCGGACCGGUUGGUGUUAAUAUCGGGGUCGGUGUUGGUAUGUCAAUGCCGCAACACCAACAACAACAGCAGCAACAACCCUCGUCAAAACAUCCACAAAUGUUGGGCCAUCAACAACACCACAUCUCCACGUCUCAUCAACAGAUCCCGAAUCAUAUGCAUGCCCAGAAUCAUCUAAAUUCAGCCGUUUUGAAUCAUGCACUGAGCAAUCCAACCGGUCAAAGUGGUCCUAUACCGAUGCAAACCAUGCAAGGAAGCAUUUAUGAUCAUAUGCAUCCAAGUGUAAAUAUGAAUGGUGUUGGUAUGCCCAAGCCAAGUGAUCAACAACAUCAACAACUUCAGCAGCAACAACAACAGCAGCAACAGCAACAACAACCGUUGGUGUAUUUGGGCGGACAACCACAUUUUAGUAUGUUAGCUCCGCAAAAUCAACUCAUGACACCGAAUCGUAAUGCAGCGAUCACAGCAUCAACGGCCAAAAAAUUGUGGGAGAAAAGUGAUGUAAAGGGACCAACAUCAGGACCACUUGGCCCACUUCAAUUACACGGUGUUACAGAUAAUCAAGUUUGGAAAGAUUCAACAUGGUCAACUCAAAGUGGAGAAACAAUAUUGGCACCAUCACGACCGCGCACAUUUCCACAGGCACCCGAUACAAGUCAAACAGCAAGUGCGAGUAUAUUGAGCCCGCGAGAUUCAACAAGUGGAUUGGGUGUAAAAAUGGUUGAAUAUGUCCUUGGCGGAUCUCCAACGAAUAAGGAAAGUCCAUUGUCUAGCUUAGAACCACGACUACGAGGACUGAAAUUCGAUGAUAACGAUAAAACGCACGAUGAUAAAGAAAAGGCAAACUCACCAUUUGACACAAAUGGUUUGAAGAAGGAUGAUCAAGUGAAUGUAACGAAUGGUGUUGUAAUGAAUGGUGUCGACGAUGACAAAGGAUUCAAGUACAGUUUUGGUCGGACACCCGGCUCCCGUCAACCAUCACCAGCAGAGGAAUCCUUGGCUCGUGGCGGACCACCAUUCGAUGCCACAGCACAUGUUGGAUCCGGUUUUCCGCAACACCAUCUUCAACACAUGUUGGGCUCAUCGAUGGACCAUCAGGGUCCGACAACACAAUUAAAUUCUUAUCAUCCUCAAUUGCCGCCGAUGAAUCAAUUACAACCGCCUGUAAUGAAUGGUGUUGGUGGUAUGCAAGUGGCACAGAAUCAAAUGGUUAAUCAGUCUCAAGGACCAAAUCAAGUGGAAUCUCCAGCUAAUCUACUUCAACAACCUCCUAAUUUCGAUGUACAGCAAUUGUUUCGAUCACAAAAUCCCGGCUUAGCAACAAAUGCUACUGCACCCGGGGCGCCAAGCGGUGCACCACUGCCACAACCGUUGCCUUUACCUUCACAGCAAUUCCUAGCCCAACAGAGUGCCGCCUAUGCUGCACAACAGGCCACCCCGUAUGUUAUCAAUCCGGGUCAGGAAGCUGCACCCUAUAUGAGCCUAAUUGCAGCACAAGUUCCUCAAUAUUAUGGCGUCGCAGCAGCACCAUGGGGUGUUUAUCCUGGAAAUCUUAUUCCACAACAGGGUUCACAGCCACGACGACCGCUUACCCCAUCGCAACAGGGAGCUGAAAAUCAACCCUAUCAGGUGAUACCAGCAUUUUUCGACCAAAGUGGUUCAUUAGUGAUGGGGCCACGAACAGGUACCCCAAUGCGGUUAGUUAGUCCAGCACCUGUUCUGGUUCCACCAGGAGCGGCACGUGCACCACCACAAGCGCCACAAAUUUAUCCACCACAACCACAACAGGCCCAACAAAAUAUGUAUUCAACACAGAAUGGGUCAAGUGUCGGAGGUGGCGGGUUAUUUGCACCCCAAGCAUUUAGCGGAGGUCUAGGUACCUUGGGGAGCCCCGCACAACCUUCAGGUCUAGCCCUGAACACACCAUCAUUAAGUACUCGUCGUGAUUCAUUCGAUCGUAAUACAUCAACAUUCAGCCCGUCCUUGGAUUACAACUCCAAUGCAGUAGCUGCAGCUGCAGCAGCAACAUCAGUGUCUUCAGCGGCGGCAGCAGCAGCAGCUGCCGCGGCAGCAACAGCACGUAAAUGGCCAGUAGGAAGCUAUGGAACAUUGGGAACAGUAACGAAUGCAUCAGCAAGUCCGCUUGCUGCACCGAUAACACCGCCACCAUCGGGACUAGUAUCGAACCGUGCUCCUGGAGCUGAAAACAAAUUCCGCAAUGUAAAUACACUACAACCUCCGGUAAGCCUGUCGGCUGCCAAUGCUAUGUUCGGUUCAAAUAGUUCGCUAUUCUCCAAACAUUUGCCAAUUGCAUCGAGCGCUGCAGCAGCGGCCGCAGCAGCAGCUGCAGCAGCCGGAAGCAGUGUUAGACAAACUGCCGUGCCAGUUGAUCGUCCUCCAGGUCGCUCACGACUCCUUGAGGACUUCCGUAAUCAACGCUAUCCCAACCUUCAAUUGCGGGAGCUGGCCAAUCACAUUGUGGAGUUCUCUCAAGAUCAGCAUGGAUCACGAUUCAUCCAGCAGAAAUUAGAACGAGCCACAGCUGCUGAAAAGCAAAUGGUUUUCAAUGAGAUCUUGGAUGCUGCCUACAGCCUUAUGACUGACGUAUUCGGCAACUAUGUAAUCCAGAAAUUCUUUGAAUUCGGAACAGCUGAACAAAAGGCUACUUUGGCCAAUCGAGUCAAAGGACAUGUCCUCCCACUUGCCUUACAAAUGUAUGGCUGUCGAGUCAUACAGAAAGCCUUGGAGAGCAUCUCGUCUGAACAACAACAGGAAAUUGUCAAAGAGCUGGACGGACACGUUUUGAAAUGUGUCAAGGAUCAGAAUGGAAAUCAUGUGGUCCAGAAAUGUAUUGAACGUGUAGAGCCACCAUCAGCUCUCCAAUUCAUUAUAAAUGCCUUUAAGGGUCAAGUAUUUGCCUUGAGUACUCAUCCGUAUGGAUGUCGAGUAAUUCAACGUAUCCUCGAACACUGUACGCCAGAACAAACGGCGCCUAUUCUGGAAGAGUUGCAUGAACACACAGAGCAAUUGAUUCAGGAUCAAUAUGGCAACUAUGUCAUUCAACAUGUUCUUGAACAUGGCAAACCUGAGGACAAAUCCAUUUUAAUUGCUGGAGUUAAGGGGAAAGUUUUGGUAUUAUCUCAACAUAAAUUUGCGUCGAAUGUUGUUGAGAAAUGUGUAACACAUGCUACACGAGCGGAGCGUACAAGUCUUAUAGAUGAAGUUUGCACUUUCAAUGACAGUGCUCUCCACGUUAUGAUGCGCGACCAAUUCGCCAACUAUGUCGUGCAGAAAAUGAUAGACGUGUCCGAGCCGACACAAUUGAAAAAACUCAUGAACAAAAUCCGACCACACAUGGCAUCAUUGCGAAAAUACACAUACGGCAAACACAUCAAUGCCAAAUUGGAGAAGUUCUUCAUGAAGUCAUCCAAUCCUGUAGGCAGUGCAUUAACUAAUUCAUCGGAAGCAGGAGGCAGUGUCCCGACAAACAGCAGUAACACCAUGAAUCCACCAAUGAACAGUAACGUGGGUGUGCCGAACAAUGCAAAUGUUAGUAACACUUCAAAUGCUAAUAGUAAUAACACCAAUGGCGGUACAACCACAAAUAAUCUCGGACCAAUUGGACCACCAACAAGUUCCAAUGGUGUAUUGUAAUCAAGUGCACUACAAUUAUGUGUAAAACAUUAUUUAUUUUUUUAAAAAGAUACAAUUAAAAAAAAAUGCGGAAAAAUUCAAAAAUGAUUGAUAUAUCAAGAGAAAGAGGGGAGAAAAUGAAAACAGAUCCGUUUGUAAAUCGUAUUUUUUUUUUGUAUUGCGUAAUUAUUUGUUCGGAUUAAAAAGACUUUGUUCUCAUUUAGUGUAAGUUUAAAGGACUAUGUUUAAUCAAGAAGUUGAAGAAAGAAAACGGAGAUCUCGUUCCAUUUUAUAUUUCAAAUGAUUGUAUUUGUUCGCCAUGUGACAAUUUGGUUUAUGAAUUAUAGAAAAAAAUGAGAAAUUUGAUUGAUUUAUAGAAAGAGAAUUGCAAAGAAAUGUAAUUUGGUUGAUAUUAUUACUAUCCAUCACUGUUGCGUUCAAAUUUUAAAAAGGAAAUUUGUUUAAAGGAGAAAAAUGUUAUUUUCAAACAUUUAUGCUAUUUUAAACUACUUUUUUAUGUUUUUUUUUAAAUAUUCACAUGAUCGUUUUAAUAAUAUUAAUAUUAUUUUUGGUAGUUGUGAAAUAAUGUGAAUAAAUUAAGAUUGUGGAGUCAAAUUUCCUUAAGAGCUAGCAGGAAGAGAAUUAUCUUAGUAUAGUUGAUGAAUUGAGAAACAUAUAACAAAAAUGGUAUAGUAAGACCAAUCUUUAAUUUGAACUGGAAUUAGUUUCCAAAGACUCAAGAACAAAUACCAGAGAAACUUGAUAAAGAAUGGCGAACAUAUUUUAUAUAAUACAUAAUCCUUUUUCAAAGAAAAUAGAACGAGCAGGACCGUCGUUUUUGUAUUGAUAAAAGAAGAAAUAUAAUAGAAGCAAAACUAAGAGCAUGUAAUAUAAAAUGACAUUCGCUACUGUGGAACGAGACUGAAGUAAAAUGACGAUAAGCUAUUUUUCAUUAUCUCUAUUAUUAUUUAAUUUAAUUAUUUUCCUCAUGAACGACUAGAAAUCAUAAUUGAUGUAUUUAAUUUUUAUUUAAUUCGUUACGUGGAUUACGAAAAGUAAAAGAAAAAAAACAAUAUUGAUCCGAGAUAUUUCAAAUGAUCACAUAUGGAGAAUAUUUCAAACGAGAGAAGGAAAGAGAAUGAAAAAAAAAACAAGUAAAAAGCAAAUAAACGAAUAACAACGCGAUGCUUGUUUUUAAUAUUUAAAUUAAUUUUUUAAUUCAUAUUUUUCGUUUAUCUUAGAAUUUUAUUUUUUUUUGUCACAGAAAUGUGGUUUUAAUUUAUUUAAAUUUCCUCAAUUAAAAAAGAAGAUAAAAAACGGAUCAAAAUAAAAGAUAACCAAGUUUAUAGGUAGUAGUCUUGUCGAAUCUCAAAUAUUUCUUUCUGAAUUUUCAUUCUCUUUCAAUUGCGCCUUUGAACGCAUUUGCCUUUUUUUUUAUUUUAUUAAAUUUUUACUUUUGUUUAAAGAUUUCUUUUCAGCUAUUUCGAAAAUAUUUUUUUUAGCGAGCAUGAACAUUAUUUAGUAGCGCACAUACAUUUCUUUCAUUCAAUUGUAUGUUUUUAAUACAAAAUGGUUUUUAACGAAAAUUGGAGGGGCUCAUUUGUUUCAUUCGCCGCGCGUAUAUAUAUAGCAAGCGUGCUUGAAACAAGACAUCAUUCAGAUUCAAUUUGUAUUCCAAGCUUAAUGCAUUUUUUUUCGGGGGUGUAUUUAUAUGAGAAUUUCGUUAAAACACAUAUGCAAUAAGAAAAUACACACGGGACUGGGGUAGUAAUGGUAUUAUUAUGUAGAUUUUUUCCGGGGGUUUAAUUAUUAUAUUUUGGUUUUUAUGCUUUUGCGUAUUGCAAUUUGGAGUGAUAAAAAGGAGAACGGUAGUGGAGAUUCGAUGCUUGGUAUGAAUUGAAGAAGUCUAUGCAUGUGAGAAUUUUUUGGGUAAAAAUAGAAGACGCGGAAAUAAACUAAAAAAACGGCCAGUAGGAGAGAUGGUACCAAAUUGUAUACAGUAUUUCAUGUCUUACUGUUCGCGUGAAAACAGGCAUGAGUGAGCUUAGGUCUUACAUCAACAAUUGUGACUCAACUUUCACGGUAAGAUUAUCUUGUUUAUUUGUAGUUCAACAAAAGGCAAGUCCUUUUACACAUUUAAUAAAGAAAGAGCAUUCCAAACAUACUAAAACGGACGAUUCACGCUUCAGACCAGAAGUAAAUUCAGUAAAAAGUAGAUUUUACCCUUCAUUCUGACUUUCCAAGUAGUUGCUCAAGUUGUUUUUCGGGAUUUUGUAAAUUUUAGGCCGAAAAAAAAUCGUCCCCAAAACGAGUAUCGAAAUGUAUACGAGCUGCUUGCCAGUUCGACUUGGUUAAUAAGCCGAGGAAAUCCUAGACUGAUAUUCGGAAAACCAAACUCUAAAUCACUAUGUUUAUCCCCUCAUUUGUGAGGAGAUCAAAAGGUGCAGUUUUAAGGAAUUAUAUAUUUCCAUCGGAAAAUCUACGUUUCAAAACUCACUCCAUGGAUCUCAAUGCAUGAGUGGAUCCAAUUCCCAGUUUAUAGAUAGAAUAAGUGAGGGGGUAUUGGCGUUUUUUGAACACCAAGUCUUAUCUAUGCCACCCUUUGUGCGAGCUCAAAAAUUCCAUUCUAAGCAAACUCUCUUGCUCUGUUCAUUGUCUCAUUGCCUAAACCGGGAACUGGGAUAUCGAAACCUUGACCUAUGAAAACUUGACUAUUUCAAAGGAAAAUCUGAUGCAAUUCCUUCAUCUCAUCCCAUCUCCAGUCUGUAGGCCAAAUAGAACCGAGUGAGCAUGAUGGCGGCCUUUCAGUGACGUCCAAGCCAAUUUUCAACUUAAUUAUGUUAUUUGAAGCUUCCAACUAUGGCCAGUAGUUGACAAAGUCCCAUUCCAAACAAAAAUUUAAAGAUGGACCAUGUCCUUGACUUUACUCCUUAUUUGAAAGUCAAGCGAGUGAAUUUGCGAUAACAACUGCUCUACGUGUCAAAACAUAUAAAAACUUAAAGGAAGAACAGAUGCAGUUUCUGCACUCCAUCGCAAUAUAUAUAUAUGAAAUGUAACCACUGAGGUUGGUAGACGUCUUCUUGCGAAUUCGAAGCUAUUUUCCAUUUCAACUAUGCCAUGCGAUGCAUCCCUUCCAUGAUCUCUUCUUACAAAAAUCUAAUUUCCAGCAAAAAAAAAACCCAAAAUGGGCCUUUAUCGUUAAUUAAACUCCUGUAAAACUAAUUGCGACUACAAGUACGCACUAAAAAUGGCAAAAAAAAUCUUCCCUAAGUCUACCAUCCCCACAAGCAAAGUCGAAAGUUCCAUUCAAUAUCAUACAAUAAAGCAUAGUGUGACCAACAGGUUGGACAUUUUCACUGGUACCUCUAGAUGGUUUGGAAAGCCCUGGCUAAUUUUAAAAUUCUAUUUAGUAUUGCAGAAUCAACCAUGGUGUACCCUUCAAGCUGAACAUUUUUAUUAGUACGUCUUGAUUGCCUCGUAUUCCUUGAUAAGCUUCAAUGCCUGGCUAGCAUCUCGGACUAAAUCUUAGUAUAGCCACCAAUUUGGAUCUUUUCACUAUUGGGAUCUCUUCAUAAUCUUAUCCCUUGGCACUCCUUGAUGAACUGGCAUCACUUAAUGCUCUGGCAUUCCUUACUAUUCUGGCACCCCUAAUGGUCUGGCAUUUCUUAAUAGUCUGGCAUUCCUUAAUGAUUUGGCAUCCUUUAAUAGUUUGGCAUUCCUUGGUCAUCUAGCUCUCCCUAAAUGGUCUGGCAUCCCUUGGUCGUCUAGCUCCUUUCAAUAGUCUGGCAUUCCUUGGCGAUCUGGCUCCUAUUAAUGAUCUGGCAUCCUUUGGUCGUCUAGCUCCACUUAAUGGUCUGGUAUCCCUUGGUCGCCUGGCUCCUCUUAAUGGUCUGGUACCCAUUGAUAAUCUUGAAACUCUACUCAUGGUAGACUAAAGCGUGAUAUAACCAUCAGACGCCAGAACCCAAUCCCCCCUCCCUUAUUUGAUUCUUUAUAAUUUCUCGAUAGUCUUAAAAAUCCAUUCAUCCAGUGCCGCCAGUGCCAAGUUGACUUGAAAUUCACUGAUAUUCCUUGAUGGCCUGAUGUCCCUUGAUAUACAUAAAACUCCGCUCAGUAUCGUAAACUUACUUAAAUCAUGGUAUAAUCUUCAAACUGGACAUUUUCGCUAGUACCUAUUGAUAUUCUGGCAUUUCUUGGUAAUCUUGCAUCGGUUAACGAUCCUAAUACUCCAUUCAGCAUCACGGACUCAAUCAUGCUGUAACCACCAGGCUGAACGUCUUCGCUAGUAUGUAUUAGAAUAAUUUUGAAUCUCCUGAUAAUCUUCAAAUUUCGUUUAAUAUCGGAGAUUUGAACAUCCCGUUAGCAUCAGCCUGAGGUUUUUCACUAGUGUCUCCUACGUGGGUCAGAAUGUAUCAAACAUACCCACCUUCCAUCGUUUCCGACUCCUGGUUGAACCAGUGCACAUACACCAUCUCUUGAUCACUUUAAUAUUCCAUUCAAUAACGAAGACAAAAGCAUGUCCUUACCACCAACCUGAACAUUUUUCAGCAUGUCCCUCCAUAAUCUUCAAAUCAUUUCACCUUAAACAUGUUCUAGAAAAAUUUGCUUCGUAUCUGUGAGUGUCUGAGGUGGUGUACCGAGGAAUCAAGGGACGAACGAAAUAAUAAAUAAUAUUUGCUGAGUUUGACAAACAUUUGGUUCACGUUUUCUGCAUGCUCUAGAAUCGCUCAUAAGUCUGCUGACUUAUUCAAAAAAAGGACAGCAUACUCGCAAGCCGUCUCGUAUCAAGUCUUCAACGUCUGUUUGCCGGUUAAACGAAAUUUUUUUAAACCCCCAAUGCCUACUUGCCAGCUUAUCUGAAAAAGGGGGAAACCAACAGAUCGGGCUCCUAAUGCGUAAAGAAACUCUCAUAACAAAAUCGACUGUGGCACUAAAGCAUAUUUUUCCGAUGCCACAACACUGCAGAGCAGAUCGAUCGCGCCCGAAAUGCUGGUUUAACGACUCAUCCAAUAAAGGAAAGCAGUACAAUGGCGAAUCCAUCACCAUCCUAGCGCCUAGUCCUGUAUAAGCUGGCUCUCGCGAAAGAAUGGACGGCGUAAUUGUAUAUCAAAUUCGUCGAGUCCUCAAGUUGACGCUAUCUUGUUUCUUUAAAGAAUGGGCACCAUGACUGCAAAACAUCUGUCAGCCGCUGCACCCAAAAAAGGGGCUGCUUAACUACAAAAUAAAUCGAUCGCCUCUUUCAAAUAAUUUGCUGAUUUACAGCCUAGUUGCCAAUCAAGUUGCAAUUCAUUAGGUACUGAGCUCUUGAAGAGAAGGUAAUACCUCCUGAGCGUUUGAUUUUGUUGCUUUACUUUACUGACAUUGAAAACUAGAUUGUAAACCUGAUGCUCCGACCAGUGAUUUAAAGUGAUUUCAUACUCUUGAAGCCGUUCCUGUAACUCAGACUAGGUUUGCAAUUUGGAUGACAACCAAAUUGCCUGUCGGUGGGCGCUUUAUCUACCAAUCAUCAGCCUCAUUCAAAAAAACCAAUUCAACUAAUUCCCUAACGUCUGCCUGCAGACUCUUCCAAAAAUAGGAAAUCGAUUCGCCUAUUUACAUUUAACAUAUUCGCAAACCAAAUUGAUUGCGUACAAAUGCCUGUUUGACGUCUCAUCUGAAAAAGGAUUGGCUUGACCCUAAACCAAAUCAAUCAAGGCCUCAGUACUUGCGACUCAUUAAAAAAAUAAGCAUUAUAGCCACAAACCAAACCAAUCGUGUCCUUAUCCAGUGUUGGUUACCUCUUUCUGUUCAAUAUCACGGAGUAUCCACCAGCCUGAACCAAAUGCUGCUAAAAUUUCUUGUUAACCUGAUACCUUUUAAUUAUCUGGCAUCUGACCUCAAAAACCUCUAAAUAGUCUGGAAUAUAAUCCUCAAAUUGCGUUCAAUAUUGUAAACUAAAAUAUGUCGUAAUCGCCAGGUUGAUUCUAGCGAUUAUUAAGAUUAAGAUGACGAAGUAAGGCAUGACUUAAUAACCAUUCUCAACAUUUUUAAGGUCAUUUCUCGAUAUUCUCGAGAGUCUCGAAAUCGUUCCAACUUAACAUUUUGAUCUGGAAUUGUAGCUUGCUUCUCAGCUAGGUUGCUAUUUUCAUUUCACAGAGGAUUGCUCUUGUUUGCCAGCCAGAAAAAAGGGUAGAAUGACCGCAAAUGAAAAAUGUCCGCCCACCCAUCCCAAAAAUUGUGCAGCAUAACCAUAAACCAGGCCAGAUCUUGUGCUUGUAGGCUAAACGACAAAAAACUGGGCAGUGCAUGUUUACAGGAUUAUUUAGAAAAAGGGGUUAGGCGUUACUAUUAAGCAGAUUCUUCAUGAUUGGGUUUUAAAAUGAGGGAAACUAAGUAUUCUUGAGCAACUUGUAUUAGAAAAGUUGGAAUUAGCAGUUCUUAAAAUAUCGAAUGAUUGGUGACGUCCGAACAAAAACUUAAGCUAUUGUUAUACAACUUGAUUGGCAAUCUCAAUUUUACUCCAAUUAUCCUCCAAAUUGCAGCAACUAAUACGCAUGGCAUAUGAAGUCUGCACAUCUUUGUAGUGUAAUAAACAACUAAAAAGUAGUAAAAUUGAAUUUUCUUAAACAAUUUAAUUUUAGAUUUUCGUUAUUAUUUGCGCAUUUCAACUCUUAGAAUGCAUUCAGCUUUUUUUUUCUGUCUUUUUAUUUUUCUAUUAUUAGUUAUGCAUAUUAUUAUUAUUUAGUCUUAAUUUAAUUAUUAAAAAAUUAGCAUUAAAUCAUAAACAUUAUCAUUUCAUAUGUCGUCUUAGAUAUUAGUAGAAUUUAUUUUCAAAAUGAAAACAAGAAAUAACAUUUUUAAUACAUUUACUAUCUAAUCUAUAUAAAUUGAAGCUAAAAAACAGAAUAAGCAGGAAAUUAGAUGAUUUAAAUUGAGAAAAUGAAACGUUUACUGAAUAGAACGAUGACGAGGUGAUACAUAUAAAUAUAAUAUUAAACGCGGAAAUUAUUAGAAGAAGAACAAACAACUCACUUAAGAAAACAGUGAAAAUAUCCUCGUAUUUUAUUAAUAAAGAAGAAAAAAAAACAAUUAGCUUUAGAAAUAAAGAAAAGUUAAAAAUUCACACUAAUUAACGAGAAAAAUUUUGAAUGAAUAAACACACACUAUAACUUAUUCGUAGAUUUUUGGAUACGCCUGUUUUUUUCGCACACGCGUACAUUCGAAGGUAGACAUUCUAGAUCUGCCUUGAUUUUUAAAAUUUUUCUCUUUUUAGUUUUUUUUUUUAUAUAAUUUUUCAUUACAAUUUAAAUUUCAUCGAUAUUUUCGUAACGGAAAUCAUUAUUAUAUAAAAUUCAUAUGAACAUGAUAUAGAAAAGAAAAACAACUUUUUCACCUUGUUGUUCAUUAUAACUACUAUAUAUAUGUAUUGUAUAUGUAUUUAUAUAAAUAGUUGUGAAAAGUAAUUAAUGUAAAGUGUAAAAACAACAAAAAUGUCCCUGAAAUCUCGGUUUUUUCUUUUAGAAUGAUAUUUUUCGAAUAAACUUACGCGAAUUGCAACACAAACUGAUUUUUGUGGUUUGUGGUCAUAUUUUGUAAAAAAAUAAAAUGAAAUAAAACAAAAGAAGAAAGAAAUAUGAAAAUAAGAAACGAACGGACAGUAACAGAAAAAACCCGAUAUUUGUAUCUAUGUAAAUUUUUGAAAUUGAAAUUGAUCUUGAAUUUCUUUUGUUUGCAAAUUUCUUUCGCUUUCGGACGAAGGGAAAAACGGAAAUUCGUCUUAUAAAUAUUAUAAAUAGUAGAAUACUAUUAUGUAAACAUGACUUUGCUUUGCUAUUUUUUUGUUUGUUUAAAUUUUCUUUAAUUUAUAUAAAUCCAUUGUAAAACACCAUUUUUAACCUGUUUUGAAUGCAGUGUCCUCAAUCAUCUGUAAACUACCAUUUUUUCUGUAACCUAUUGAAUAUUUUGUAAACUAUAGAAUAUCUCAUAUAUGAUCCCAAAAAUAAAACAAGGUGAGAAAGGUUUUAAAACGAAAUUCAACUUAGCUUCUAUGUUUUCGUCAAAUUUCGUACACUAACUUGUAAUAAGUUAAUGGAGUAAUUGAAAAUUGAUCAUUCUUAGUUCUGUUCUAGUAAAUACGAAACAUAUGAUCUUUUUAUCUUAUUUUAGAGUAACAUUUUAUCGUUUUUAAGUUAGUUUUAAGUUACUGUCAAGUUCUUUGUCUCAUCUUUAAUCUUUUUUAAAAUAUGUCAUUGUGUUAAUUGUGACUCUUUUUUCGACAAGAACAUUUCUAUGUUAAAAUCAUGAUGUAUGUAUGCAUAUAAUUUGUAAAAAAUAUAUAUAUAAUUGAAGAAAUUGAUGAAAAUACGUUUUAAAUAUUAGAAAACAAAACAUAUUCUUGUAAAGUGUAAUAUAUGUGCAUUUCAAAAGAAAGAAAUAAAAACAAUUAGGAAAACUCGAACCAUGCAAAUGCAAAGCGUAGUAAACACACAAAUACGCACGAUUUGAUAUACAUACGUUUUCAUUUAUCAAUUUUCCAUUACAUUGCAAUGACUCCCUUAUAUAUAUAUGUAUGUAUUUAUAAAUAAAUGUCUGUGAAAAAAACUCAAUGUAAAUCUAUGAAGUUAAAUUGUACAUCUUUAAGUAUUUUGUUCAUUUGUUUUUAAACUACACAAGAAAAAAAGUAAUAUUGGAACCGAUAUGAAUGCAAAAUAGUUUCGUAUUAAAUUUCCUCACACAUAAAGACGCGAGCGACCCGACAGAAACCAUUGGAACAUAAAACUGUACAUUUUGUAAUCUUAUUUCCACUUUCAUUCUCGUCAUUUUCUUUGGAUUUUAACUAAAUCGAGUUUAAAAUUAUUCGUAAAUGCUAAAAAAUAAAAUACAGAAAAUAAAAAGUACCAAGCUCGUGUUAACGGAGAUAUCAAAGCCGAACAAAAUUGGCAAUUCUCGUUUCUUUGAGCUGACCUAGGUAAUUUUCUUAUAAUAUCAUAUGCAAUCGAGCGUUUUUUAUCAUUAGUUUCCGUGAUAUCAAGACAGGGAACAAUACAUUUUUAUACGCAGUUUUAUUUUCUGAGAAUAUUAGACGCGUAUUUUCCUAAUUCAUCCAAAUGCAUUUCGAACAAUAAUUUUAAACCGUGGUUUAAUAAAAAAGAAAUUAAGGACGGAACAUGUAAUAAAUAUGUAAAUUAAACAAAACAAAAACAAAGAAACGUGUAAAUUUGUUAAAUUUGUUAAAACACAGAAGAAAAAAAGACAAACGUGUAUAUCAAAACUGCAAUCGCAAAAAAAUCACACGCCAAAUUUUCGAUAGGCGUGAUGACUAUAAAUUGCCCUAAUGUAAAGAGAAAAAUUAAAAAUGAAAAAAAACCCGACCCGAAAAAAAAUAUCCAAGAUAAAAGCGGACACAGAAAAUCCAAAUAGAACUAGCGAGAACAAAAUAUUUCAUUUAGGAUUUCGAGAAGCGCUAUAACAACAUUAAUUGAAAAAAUAACACAACACAUAAACACACACAAUCCCAAUUUUAAAUAUUGUAAUUAUAUAAAUAUCUAUAAAUUAUAACUGUAUUUUUAGAACCAUCAAAAAAGGACUCUACAAUAUAUAUAUAAAACAAACAUAUACACUAGCAAUUAAUAUUCAGAAUGAAGACGUGAGCGAAAGAAAAGAAAACCAAUAAUAUCUACAUUUCCUUUAAGUAGAGCGACAGCAAAAAACCAUUCAUAUACACAUGCAUACAUUUCAAAUCACAAAGUUCAAUUAUCAUCCCCCUUGCAUAAUCAAUGACACUUGAAUCCAUGUAACCAAUCUUUUUCGAGUUUAAAUGAAAAUUCUGUGUUUUCAGUUACGAAAAUGAAAGACAAGAUUGAGCCAUUGAAAAUUCAAUCCUAGAAAAGGAUCGUCUUGUGCGGUAGUUCCAGUGAAUACUUCAUAGUUUAAAAUGAAAAAUCAGAAAAGGAAACUGAUCUUUCGCUUUUCGAGGCAGUAGAUCUCUAAAGGAUUCCAUAGUACCAUUUUUGGACUUGAAAAUGAAGAAUUUAAAAAGGAAACAUCAUUCGCUUUUCGUAAUGGUAGGCCCAGAAACGGUACUAACAUUAUCCGAUUCCAUUAGUUUGAUUGAUUAAGGGCAAAUGUAUCAAUUUGAACAAAAAUUAAUAAUCCAAGAAUUUUAAUAUUUUCUUGAAUACACCCCGAACUAAAUUAAAACUUAAAAACCGUGCAAGAUGGCUUAAAAUUUUGUCUAGGCUUGUCCAUUAAUCACAGAGUUCCGGAAAAAGACUCUAAACAUGAAGCAAAAGUUUAUCACAUAUUUCCAAAAAACGGGCAACAAGCCAAACUUCCUUGAUUGCAGAACUCCGAAAAAGACCCAUCAGGAAGCAAAAGAUCGUUAAUCAAAUAACUCUAAAAAAUCGAGAUUGAACCGGAAAUUAAUUAAUAAAAAGUCUUCAAAAAAAAUAAACGGAGCAUGACGGAAAAUUUUAUUGCAAUUAAACCAUCAAAUCAAAUGCCAUGCCAUUCAGACUGUAUCUACCAUUUGUUGUGUCCUUCGUCUUUGGAAAUGCCUGACACAUUUUUUACUAGCAUUUCAUGAUAAUUCACCAUUUUUGCAUACAGGAAUUAGACCCGUAGUAAAUUAUAUAUAUUUAAAAACUUGUGCAUAGAUUUUGAAAAAAAAAAACAGAUAAAACAA